UCCAAGUCUUGACUAUUAUAUCUGUGAGUCUUUGGUGAUUAUCUCGACCAUAAAAUUAAUGUGAGCCAGUGGGAGACGGCUGUGAUCAAGUAGUACCGAGUAGUAAGACGUAGGGUCUAGGUGGUUUAUCGCCAUUGUAGCCUUCCUAAAUAUAUUUUUGGUGUUGUAAUAACAGUGCGUGUUGGACCCUAUUGUUUAUGUCACACAAUAAUGUAUCAGGAUUUGUCUCUGUCUCUUCAUGACUCCAUGAACUUUGAUUAUACGUAUUCCAUGGGAUUUGGUACACCGGAUUCGUGGUUUCCUAAUAAGGAGACUACAGUAGCAUUGUGCACAACAAUAAUAGCAGCAGUCGUAGCAUCAUUGUAUAUUUACCGUUUCAUAAAUCAAAAGAAUUACCCACCACAGACUCAGCAUGUUGCCAGUAACGUAGAGCUGGUUAGAUUGUGCGAGGAAAUCAAGGAUGAGCCACUGUCAACAUUAGAUCACAACAUUAGGCACAUUAUAUCAGAGGAGAGCAGGCCUGGCCCUCAAUCCUUUUACUUUAAAAAAGAGUCAGAUGAGAGAUCUGCUCUUGUGUCUGCCAGUAGAUAUGGCCGUGUGGACGUUGUCAAAUAUUUCAUGAACAAUUAUUCCAAUUGUGUUCAAGUCGAUCAAACGGCUAAUCUCGACUUACCAGUUGGCUGGCAUCACUCAAUGAGAGAAGUACACUCUUGUACGUCUUUGUAUGCUGCUUGUUUCAAUGGGAGCCUUGAGACUGUGACACACUUACUGAAGGCUAACGCUGACAAAAAUCAACCUGACUGUCUUGGACGGACUCCGUUACAGGUUGCCGCUCAAAGAGGUCACAUGAUGUUAGUCCAAGAGCUUUUGAGUAGCGGAGCUGAUGUCAAUGCUGAAGACUCUCUUGGCUAUACGCCACUUCUCACAGCAGUCUCUGAGAGACACAUCAAGAUAGUCAAAGUCCUGCUAGAAAACAAGGCAGACGCACAGCAUUGCUCUGUCAAUGGUUUCAGUGCUUUACACAUUGCUGCUGAAAUGGGAGCUAAGGACAUCAUCGAGCUAAUACUAGCGUAUGAGCCAACUCUAGCUUAUCAGAGAACAUAUGACUCCAAACAUAAACUACCAUGUCCUUUGUUUUUAGCAGCAGCAUAUGGACACAUACCGACAUGUCAAGUGUUAAUGGAAGCCUCACAAUGUACCCCUGCUCAGAUGCCAGACGUUCUCUUGCUCUGGGGAGCAUCACUGGUCCAGCCUCAGCAUCAUUAUAUUCGUGCCUCUGUUCAAAGAUACUGGCUUGAAGCUUUAGAGCUAAAAGAACAGCAUCCUUUAGUGACUACCACUGUUGAUCGUCAUGAAGCUUAUGAGUAUCAUACUGAAAUGUCAAGUGUAGAAGAAGUGAUUGGUUACUUCUCAUCUCAACUACCGUCCAUGUCAUCGCCUAGCAGUGCAUCUACUCCUACCAAGGCAAAUGGAGGGCUCAAUUUUGCUGAGCUCGGUUCCAACAUGACACUCUGUUUGCCAGCAGAUUCAUAUACUAAAGUAUGCUAUCAGAGCCUCCUGAUAAUGGAGAGGUGUUUGGGGUAUGGACAUCCUCUGGUUAUUCGACGGUUGCUGGAUAUGUCACGGUUCAUGCUCUCAAAACGAAGGACUGAUCAAUGCGAGCGCUUGCUAUGCAGGGCAAUUGAGAUGAGCAGAGAGAGAGUUUCAUCGCAUCCUCACAAUAGCUACUGUCAAUCCUCCGAGUUAGAGUAUGAGGUAAAAAGCACAUUAAAGAACAUAUGUGACCUCCUACAUCUCAUGUACCAGUCAGCCUACUACGAGGUCAGAUUCUCAGUUUUUCUCAGAUACACUCUCACAGCUCUUUACUCAUUCACACGCGAAGGGCGCUACGACUGUACACAAUACCCAGCAAAGAUUAACAUGCACCUCAUCCUCCUCCUCCUCUCGGUUCUAGCUGCAUGGGUUUAUCAAAAGAAUCACCAACUACAGGUCGACUAUGAUGAUACCAGCGAUGACGAGUAUGAGCAAUGCGACAGUCUCGCUUGUCAGCUCGUCAAGUCUCAUCUGUUCAUCUGUAAUGGCACAACAUUGCUUCACUUAGCUCUCAGCAAGCUUGGCAGUAGAGACUCGCUUGUUCGCGACUACAUUUAUGUGAAGGAUUUGUCCCAUCUCGUGUCCUCGCUGUUGCUCUGGGGCUGCAGUGACUUUAUUAAUCUACCCAAUUUAGCAGGAGAGAGGCCACUACAUGCAGCAGCAGUCAGAGCUCGUAGCGACCAAGAGGCAUACCAGUUGAUAGUCCCACUCCUUCAAUAUGGAGCACACAUAGACAGCGUUAAUGCAGGAGGAAAAACAGCAUUUGAAUUGGCUCGGGUGAAACCAUUGAAACUUGACACCCCCAUAACUCUUCGGUGCAUUUGUUAUAGAAGGAUCAUUGAAGAGAACUUUGACUAUGAGCAGUUACCCACUGUCAAGUAUUUCACCGAAAAGGACAAAAAAUGUCUGAGGCUUCACGAUCCACACAACGCCAAACAGGAUUUUCAGAUUGAGUUCCAGCAGAGAUUAGAAUAAUUUUUUUGUAGAUAUUAAUUAUAAUAGCCUAUAAUUUUUACUAAUUAUUAUUAUUAUUAUUAUUUGUAUUUUUAUAGCCAUGUAGAUUUCAUUUGUUAUGCAAUUUCAAAUUUA